ACCUUGGCGAGUACUGAACCUGAUCGGCAGCGUCGAGGAGCUGAGUAAUUUCGUUCAACAUGAAGGUCUUGAUUGUCCUCUCCGCUAUGAUGGCUUGCGCCUUCGCCAGUCCGUUGAUCUACGCCAAGCUGGUGCCCGGUGCUCCGAUCGGCCUGGACGGCCGGGUAGUCGACACCGCGGAAGUCGCCUUGGCCAAGGCCGAGCACGCGGCCGCUCACGUCAAUGAGAAGAUCAAUUUGGCCGCUGAAGCCGCCCGGUCGGCCGAUCAGCACGUGCUCGCUUACGUCGCGCCGUCUGACGUGGCCGUGGCCGUCGACGCCGCCGCCGGCGCGCAGCUGGUGCAACCGGUCGCGGUGACGGCGAAACUGGUCCCCGGAGCGCCGAUCGGGCUCGACGGCCGCGUCGUCGACACGCCGGAAGUGGCCCUCGCCAAGGCGGAACACGCCGCGGCGCACGUCAACGAGAGACUCGGCCACGCAGCCGCGAGAUCGAUCUACCACGCGCAGCCACUCACCGUCCUGGACCACCACAGCGCGCCGCUCGUUCAUUACUAUUUUCGUUAAGCCCACACUUUCGUUUUAACACAUACGAGCUCAUAUUAAAGUGUAAAUAAAUCCGAAUCUCCUGCGCGCCGUAAUUUACGGACUAGAUUUAUUUCGAUUACCUUCUAUGUAAAUUAAAAGCAGAAUUUUGAGAGAUGUUUUCGUAAUAUAGCAGCAAAUUUGAAUACUGCCAACAUAAUCUUUUAAUUUCUUUUUUAUACUUUUACAAACUUAAUGUUAAUAUUACUAAUUACGGAGCGCAAAAUUCUAUUUUAAAAUUCUUUUUUCUUUGAGUUUCAAGUGACGAUUGAAAGUUCCAUAGAUAUCUACGUUGGCCUGCAAGGAUGCAACGUAGUUAGCGAUAGGUGCAACGGGAAUGCGUUCUAACAGGCGUGCCGUGCAGACAGAUUGACAAAGAAUUAAUGGACAUACAUAUAUUUCGUUACGAAUAUUUCAUUGUAAUAUGAUAUUUUUCCAUUUAAAAUGAAGGAUUAUUAUUUCAAUUUUUAUAGAAAUUGAGUGUAAAAAUGUAUUUUUAUUUUCUUUGACCGAAAACUUAUCGCGAGCAAAUUGUCACAAUAUAAAUUGUGCCUAUAAAAAUAUUUCUAAGUUUUAUAUAAAUAUCACAAAUACAUUGUUAUAAAUUUCCAUGCAAAA